AUCCAGAAAUUCCAAGCAGGCUGCCUGCCCUUUCGAUGACCAAUUUAGAAAAUUUAUAUCCCAGUUGCUGCCCAGUGUAUCUCGUCACUUCCACACCAAAUAUUGUGUCGUGUACACGUGGAGUUUGGUUGCAAUAAUGUGGUCGACCACUGGAAAAAAGUUUUCAAUUUCCCAAUAGAUUCGUGUCGAAAUUUCAAGCAAUCAACUCCAAUUUCUUGUAUUGCCUCACAAGUGGAAACGUCGUGUUAUCAGACGGAGGAGAAAUUUUCACCACUGUGUCGUGUCUCAAUUGAGAGUGGUCGGUGGUGUCGGAGGGUGAGUAACCAUCUCGUAGAUGGUGGUGGUUGAGUGGAAAAUAGCAGAAAUGGAGCACGUUUCGAAAUUGUGGCGAACCCAGUUGGUUUUAGUCAGUAGUGUUCCAAUUGAGUGUGGUGGUUGGUGGUAGGUGACAAGUCCCCUCAACUUUAAGGAUACUGCGUGUGUAAAAUGACGAACUUUCUCCUCUUACACCUCGCUCAUUUUCCUGCCCACUCUGAUAACUCUGGAGUAACGACAUGAGUAAUUCAAAAUAGUAGUCAGUUAGGUGAGGGAAAUACGAGAGAAAGUAGUUGAACUUGGUCUUUGAUGAGUUACAAUCGGGUGCGCACAACUCGAAGGUGAAAGUUGGCUUGAGUGAACACUUGGAGAGCAAAUUGAGACAAACUUGUUUGAUAUUUCCAGCAAGGAUAGCAUAUGACGAGAUGAAGUCAUUUGACAAGAAAACAUUUGUGCUGGCUGUUGUGACAGUUUGCAGGCUGUAGCAUGUAAUGGUCGGUGGUAGAAGAAGAAGAAAGUGAGUGCAGUGCAGCAGCAGCAGAAUAUAAUGCCAUAUAAAAAUCUGACUGACGUAGAAUCGUGUAUGGGGAGAAAAAGACCAUCAACGAAAUAAUUCUAGGAUUCUUCUCGCUUCUGGUAGUCCAGUCAGAUUGCAAAAGCGCGAGGCUACGGGACAAUUUGACAAUUUGAGUGCUUUCCCACAUCCUCUUGGUUGCACCAUGCUGGUUUUCUGGUUGAACCUUGUGAGUUAAGGGUGGUGGUGGGUGUAGUGUGGCGUUGGUUGUGUUGGUGUAGAUCCUGGUUAAGAUUGCACGGGCAUAAAAGGCAAGAGAGAGAGAGAGAUUCGAUACGGAAACGAAUCUCCGAGUUGGAUGAAGUGCUCCGGUUGUGAUAGUGGUACUUUCUCCUGCGACUGGAUUGCAUUGCUCUCCGCCUCGCUCUUUGUCUGCGUGUGGCUGUCCAACAAAUUAACGGACAGUCGUCUCCUUUAGUGCACCUUCUUCGUGCUGGCACAUUCGUAUUGCAUAAACGCACCUGGUGUGUGGGAGAAUAUGCUAAACGACAUGUGGAGGAUGCAGCUAGUCUGACCCCAUCCGCGGCCGCCUCAACUUUAUUCUUUUAUCAUUAAAACUCCAACUCUCUCUCCAAAGUGUGCUCACCCUUUCUCAUUCCUGGACAGGCUGCAUGCCAAAGUACGACAUAAAAUGCGAGCUCCUUGUCAGUAUACAAAUGAGGACUAAACAAGUGGGGGUUGUUGAACAGUGGUGGUAAAAGUACUGACUUUAUUAUUAAAAUAAAUAAAAUGGACUGGUGAACAUCAAUAAGUCUCAAGUGCCACAGUAGUUAGUGUUCUGUGUGGCUUAUGGAAUCUUCCAAGAAGAAGGAAGCAUAUUUACGCGAAGAUUUUUCUUGAUUUACAUAUUGUAUGGUGCUGGUUCGCAAAAAAUAGAACAUUAAAGUGCAUGUUAAAGCGCCAUAUGUAUGUUGUUGUCGUAUCAUGUAAUGAUUUGUGAUAUGAAAAGUAUUGAUUUGCAAUUUGGUGGAAUAUAAUUGCACAAAAAAUGUGCAGUGUCGAAUCACUCGAGAAGAGAAUAGAGAUACAAAAUGUAGUUGUCAGAGCAUUGACCGGCUAUACCAUCCCCGGCCUCCUCAUGAAUCUUGUUAAUGGUUGAGUGCACUGGAGGAUAUCCUCAAGUCAGUUGAAAUCAAUACCCGUGGAACAAAGCCCCGGCUGUUGUAAUGAUAAUAACUCUCGAGAUGAGAUGCCAUCAUGUGCUGCAUGUAACACAAGUCAGGAUACAAUAUCAUACAUCCGACGUUCCUGAAUAUUCCAGUUUUACAACAAAUGUAGUCGGGACUUGAGGGACGAUCAUAACAUGAUCAGUCGAUACGUAGUGAUGCUGAGACGCCAAAAGAAGAGUGUUUUUUUAGAAACGUGUUGUUGAAAUUACAGCAACAUCCAUUACAAGCUCAUCAUUCAAUAAUUUAUCAUAUUUCUACGCAUCCAUUCGAUCCAACCAGUUCAAUAUGUCCCCAGCCUUGCGAUCCAACACUUUCUCCAAAGCCGUUCUCUCAUCAUUACCAUCACAAAUUUGUUUCUCUCAAAUUGUUGCAGUUUUUGGCAAGUUGUCGUGACAGGCAGUGGGGCUGGAGCGCCAUGUGAACAGUGAUAGUUGAAUAAAUGAUGUGUGAACAGUCGAAAUCGGAAGUUAUUCCUGUGUUUGAGUCGAAAGCAGGUGCAAAGCCUUUUUCCACUGUGAUAGAUUUCAUGUCGAAGACUUCAUGAAUAAAUUUUGUGUGCACAUUGCAUUGUUAUCUCUACGAAUGAGACUGAAUUUAUAUUUCUAUAAAAAAGACAUUGAUCGUGUUACGUGUAAUGAGCAAAUAGUUUAAGACGACAUUUCUCCACCAACAUCACGACCAACUCCACCACCACCAAAAUGCCAGAAUAUUCUGUUACCUCUUCUACGGAAUAUUUGGACGAGUUGGAGCCUGAAAAGGUCCGGGUGGAAUACUACGUCAACGAAAAUACGAUCAAGGAACGCCUCCACCUGUAUUUCAUAAAAAAUCAGCGUUCCAGUCUCAGGAUUAGGAUCGCUCGGAUGAUCCUCAAGUUGUUCACAUGCAUCUUGUAUGUCGGCCGUGUGGUGAUGGACACAGAUCCUCUGUCCGCAUCCUGUUAUGGGUGCCACGUGGUGAACAACACAAUGUACCUGGAGGCCAUCAAGCAGACGGAAGAACGAUUUCAAGAUAACCAAAUGAUAAAUUGGUCUGCAAUAAUGUGGGUGCAAAGACCAGUCUACAUUUGGAUCCUUCAUAUCAUUCUGGCUGUCAUUAGCCUCAGCGAGACUAUUUUAAUCACGUAUUUGGGAUACAAAAACAACCUGUGGCAGCAAAUUUGUUCUCGCCAUUUCAUCCUCGAGUUGAUGACGACGGUUCCAUUCUUGGUGACAAUUUUUCACCCACCCCUUCGACACAUGUUUAUCCCAGUUUUCUUAAACUCAUGGCUGGCGAAGUACGCCCUCGAGAAUACUUUUAAUGAUUUGCACAGGGCAAUGCAGAGAAAUCAGUCGGCGUUAUCUCAACAGUUGACUGUUCUGACGGCCACUCUAAUCUGCUUAGUUUUCACCUCUGUUUGCGGAAUCCAACAUUUUCAAAGAGCGGGACAAAAGAGAAUGUCAUUGUUUCAAGCGGUUUACUUCGUAGUGGUGACUUUCUCCACUGUCGGUUACGGGGACUAUGUGCCGGAUAUUUGGCCUUCACAACUCUUUAUGGUGGCCAUGAUAUGCAUUGCCUUGAUAGUUUUACCAACCCAAUUUGAGCAGCUUGCUUUCACCUGGAUGGAGCGGCAGAAAUUGGGUGGAACUUACUCUGCUCAUCGCGCAUCUAACGAUCACCAUGUUGUCGUUUGUUCUACCACACUGCACGCUGACACGAUAAUGGAUUUCCUCAACGAAUUUUUUUCGCAUCCCAUGCUUCAGGACUAUUGCGUUGUCCUCCUUUCUCCAAUGGAGCUCGACACCACGAUGAGGAUGAUAUUGCAAGUGCCGAUAUGGGCCCAAAGGGUAAUUUAUAUCCAAGGCUCUUGCCUCAAAGACGGUGAUCUCAUACGUGCCAGAAUGAGUGAAGCGGAAGCAUGUUUUAUCCUUGCGGCGAGAAAUUAUUCUGACAAAACGGCAGCAGAUGAGCACACAAUUCUGAGAGCAUGGGCUGUGAAGGACUAUGCCCCCGGCGUCCCUCAGUAUAUCCAGAUUUUUCGCCCUGAAAACAAAAUCCACGUCAGAUUCGCCGAGCACGUGGUGUGUGAAGACGAGUUCAAGUAUGCUCUCCUGGCGAACAACUGUCUCUUCCCUGGCACCUCCACCCUCGUGACCCUUCUUCUCCACACCUCCAGAGGAAGGGAGGGACAAACUUCUCGGGAAGAAUGGCAUCGCCUCUAUGGUCGCUGUUCAGGAAAUGAAAUUUACCAUAUUCGUCUAGAUGAGUCUCGAUUCUUUGGGGAGUACGAAGGGAAAAGCUUCACAUACGCAUCGUUUCAUGCUCAUAGGAAAUAUGGUGUGUCACUGGUUGGCGUGAGGCCUUCUUUGCUCCCCGAGUUUUAUGAAGACACUAUUUUGCUCAACCCUGGGAGACAUGUCAUGCGAAAAUCUGACAUCUGCUUCUACUUUAGCAUAACCAAAGAGGAGAACUCAGACUUUGACGAUAACCAAGCCACGCAGCCAGGAACGGGGGAACCUGCUGCCGUCUCCUCAUUAGCCCCAGCAGGUUCUGGUGGCCCAACUAACGACAAAGGUGGAGAGGACAAGGUUACGAUAAAUUGCACAGCAAGCACUCCACUCCUCGGAGAAAAGACUGAAGGGUUCAGCAGCCUAAUGAACCCAACCGGCUUAUCGCCUGGCCAUCAUAUGGGAGGGUCGAGUAGCCUGGGUCGAGGCGAAGGUUCCGGUGGGUCCAAUCUCAACAUAGCUUCCUUAGCCACUCCGACUGGGGGCCCUAGAGAGGGUCCUUGUGGAAGCCCUGGAAUCGCGAUGCAGUACUUGAAUCAAAUGGGCAAACCCAUGGAGAGCAAUCUACUUUUACCACCUAAUCUCAUGAGGAGAGAAAGUCGGAGACCUUCCAUACUUCCCGUCCCAGAAAGUUACUCGAGCUCCAUGGACGAGUUUGCAACGGAGGAGAGGCAUUCCGACGAUGAGGAGAUGGAUUCUGAUGCUGAGGAGGCAGAGGACGAGGUGCCCUGGUUGGGGCAUGGCGACAAGACCUCCAUUGUGAAGGGCUUCCCACCCGUGUCCCCCUACAUCGGAGUUACACCCACCUUGUGCUACCUCCUCAAGGAGAAGAAACCACUUUGUUGUCUCCAGCUAUGCCAGGCGUGCGAUCACUGCGUUCAUCGCAAUGCUUACGACUACAACUGGCAGAACAGCAGUAUAAUCCUCACAGCGGACUUUGCAUCGGCAGCAAUUUACAACUUUAUUGUCCCCCUCCGAGCUCACUUCCGACCUAAAUCACGACUAAACCCAAUAAUUUUGCUGUUGGAACGGAGACCGGAUUCUGCAUUCCUGGAUGCAAUCUCACAUUUUCCAAUGAUUUAUUGGAUGCUGGGAUCAAUCGAUUGUCUCGACGACCUUCUGAGAGCUGGAAUUACGCUGGCUGAGAGCGUCGUAGUUGUGAACAAGGAGUUGUCAAAUUCUGCAGAAGAAGAUAGCUUAUCAGAUUGUAAUACCAUUGUCGCAGUUCAAACAAUGUUCCGCUUUUUUCCACAUAUCAAAAUUGUCACCGAGCUCUCUACAUCUAGCAACAUGAGAUUCAUGCAGUUCAGGGCGUCAGAUGCAUACGCUCUUCACUUAUCGAAGAUGGAAAAGAAAGAGAAAGAGCGAGGUUCCCAUAUUUCGUACAUGUUCCGCCUGCCAUUCGCUGCAGGAAGCGUUUUCUCCGCAUCAAUGUUGGAUACACUGCUGUAUCAAGCCUUCGUGAAGGAUUAUUUGAUCACCUUCGUUCGACUGCUCCUUGGGAUAGACCAAGCUCCCGGAUCUGGUUUCUUGACAUCCUUGGAAAUAACACACAACGAUCUCUGGAUACGGACUUACGGACGUUUGUACCAAAAGCUGUGCUCCACAUCUUGCGAAAUCCCAUUUGGAAUUUACCGAACCCAAGAUACAUCAUCCGAUGAUUCGCCAGAAGGUCAUACACAGAGUGAACAGUCCAGCCCAGUGCUUGACCCGGGGCCUACGGACAUUGAGGGUGGGUCUGGAGGAGGUGGAGAUGAGUCAAUUGGAAAGGCUCCAAGCAAGUCGUUUAUGCCUCAGAUAAAUAUCCCAAACAGUUGUCUCGGCGGGUGUUCCACGCAGAGAAGUUCUUAUCUCUCCGUGGCCGUUCAUGAUGACACGAAUACUAAAGACAGUCACACAACGUUAAUAGAGCGAGCCGAAAUAGCAAGUUUGAUACGUUCGAGGAUGCAAAGUCUUGGAUUGCCCAAUUUUGGUGAUACGGUUUUCCACUUUUCCGAGAGGCGAAGCUCUCUAUCCUACGUGAUUAUAAACCCUUCCUGCGAUCUAAAAUUAAAAGAAGGAGAUGUCGUUUAUUUAAUAAAACCCACUCCGUUUUCAGCCCAAAAGACAUUUGAGAGACACAACUCGAGGAGAAAAUCUACCCUCAGUUGCGUCUCUGGUAUAGGUGGUGGCAAUGGGGGGGAUGGGCAGCCCUUGGGAUUUAACUUGUUCACUCAGCCGAGUCCUGACCCAAGCAAAAGGAGACGAUCGUCCUCGGGAAGUUUGCUCCUCUCUGGUCAGCAUUGCAGCCCCAGGGUUCCUGUGACCAAAAGCAAUUCGUUGUCUUUGCCGGACUCUCCGGACGCACGACCCAGAUCGAAUUCCCUUCGCGUGGGAAAUCUUGAUGAUAUUUUGAUGCGACGGUCCUCAUCCUUGCGCCAAGGUCUGCUCAGUUGCGGUCCUUCAACUUCUGGACGCCGAUCUUCCAACGAGGAGUUAGGAAUACCACAGACAACGAUUACUCGCCCUGUGCGACUCACACUAAAUGGGGGGAUUGGCCUUGAGGUGACGGUAACGCCACCGGAUGACUCUAUCACCGCUUCAGCACCAUCUUUGCCCCUACAAGGUUAUCAAGGAACGAUGGUAUGACAUACGGGGAAUCCCGGCGAGUCAUCAACUCACUGGGAUAAGUCCCCGAUAUCUCAACCUCGUCAACAAAGUCCAUUCGCUUCCCCAAGAUACGGAAGACGCCAAUCGCUUUAUCCAUCCGCGACAGCCUCAUAUUCCACUUCGAUUCUCAGCCCGGGUCCAUCGUAUGCUGGUUUGCCCACGGAUCGCAAUUUAUCUUCCAGAUCAGGCCAUUUGGAAGAAAGUACUGACCCUCGUGAUGCUGACCAGCAGUGUGACGUGUGUCCCAGCUACAGUGCCCGUCGUUCCAGUCUGACCUCUCUGAACCAACAGGGACAGAGAGCCGCGCAAGGGUCCAGCACACAUCCGCACAAGUGGUGGAAACCAUUCAACUAUGCCCCUUCGAGCAUUGCGUCGAGAAAUGCUGCCAGAAGAAACUCCAACUCGAGUGUGAAACUUAUCCCACCACGAAUCACAAAAACUCAGUACCCUGAAAAUGUUUAGAAUUUCAUGCUCAUGAUGGUCCUGAUUUUAUGGCCCUUUUUGCACUGACAUAAGUAUAUUCCACGAAACCUGGAAGGUGGACAACAAAUGAAGUUGAUUGGUAGUGAACAAUGUAAUGUAGUAAUUCAUGUACUAUUCCACUGAAGUAUACCUUAAGAAAUAUUAAAGGACAUGCAAGUAUAUCGUGUACAUGUGUACAUAUCCUGAUUAGUGAUAUUACUUAGGAUUAGUAGUGUCUCUAAUAAAAAACAUCGAAAGAAGGAUGUACUGUUUACAGCAAUUGAUACGUGUGAGGUCGAAGGAUAAGAGAAAUGACAAAAACUCUAUUCUAUUAGUGCAUAUCAUGCAAGGACGAGCGUAUGUAUGGUGUCAAUAUUUUUCUAGUUGAUUUCCUUCAUAAUGUACAAAUAUCAGCGUAAACUUAUCUAGUCAACAUUCACAUAAAGUAAGUGUAAGAUGUAAGCGCACGAUAUUAUUUUUCAGUCUCGAUAGUCUAGCUGAAAAUUCCGUUGAUCUCGGAAUAAUAUGUAUGUAUUAGGAUAUGAAGUUUACUAUUAUCCACAAUUCCAUUAAAUACUGCUGUUUUCCCAAUAAUAUCACGACCCAGUCUUCGAAUAACUAAUAAACAAAACUAUAGUCAUUCAUAUUGGAUGUGAAGUUAACUUAUGUGAUACACACUACUACUGAUAUCUCGGUCUGAAAGAUCCAAAUACUGUAAAACUUAGUAUUAAUUUCACUGUAUUAUCUUGAUUUAUUAAAUAUAUACAUAUAGGUUGAUUAAGUAGGUCCGAAUAGUAUAAAAAUGUACAUAUUUAUGUUAGUAUAGGAAAUUAUUUCUGAACGAUUCUGUCUGUAAUGGUGAAUCCGACAAAAUAAAAAAUUUAACAAACUG